UGGGGUAAGCGGAAACAAAAACUCCAAAAAAAGUUCAAGUUGAUUUUUGACGAUGAUGUUGACCAGUACUCGUACGUUGGGCGGGAUAUUGUAACUCGGGACUCAUAGUUGCAUUAUCAGUGCAUUCUGAGUGUUGAGCUCGUCUCCCCGGCUUCAGAGAAAAUUAUAUUCUUCACCUCGCUCCAGUUUUUAUUGUCAUUUUAUUGCCAUUUUCUCUUCACCAUUGUCACUUUCACACAAACUCUUAUUUAACCCAGUUCCCUAUUCACAGCAACAUGACUAGAAACAGUAGCAGCGCUAGUGCAUCUGGCACUGUGCGGCCAGCAGUUCCAGGGUAUAAAGCACGAUCAACCGCUUCUGCAGCAAAGGCUUUCCAGCUGUUCCUCAGACACCGCCGGUGUGCUCUUCGAAACUCGGCUUCUUCAUCAGAGAAGGAUUCCAACAUCGCCAGCUUUGAGAAAUCACUUGCGUUUUCAGUCUGCCAAUCCACACUCAGCAACGGCCUUCUUACAUGUCUACCCCCGAGAGUCGAACCCAGCGACAUCACCUCGACACUACCCCUUCACCGUCACCUCACCAGUUCGGCAGCCGUUAGCAAGCUUGCAAAGCUCUACAAGCGUUAUCGGAAUAUUGAGCGUGCCGUCGCAUUAUUUCUGCUCCGGAGACAGCUGUGGAGGAGAACAAGAAGGCCAACCUUCAGGAGGGACUUCAUCGAGAAUUUGCGUCGCAUCCAGGCCGACGAGCACUCUUCGGACGAGGAAACCGGUCUCAUUCUCACCUCUGUCACGACCAGAGCCCCCCGUCGCCCUCCGUCGUCCUCCAGCGCGACCACAGUCAACAUCUCCUCACAGUCGGAUGUGGCCACGAAGCGGAAGCAUGACCCCGUCGCUCAGCCCACCGCCGAGCCUUCCCCCGCAGCGAAAAAGGCCAAACUCCAGACCCCUUCGCCCGCCGUUAACGCCAAGGGGGCGCUGAACGGCACGAAUGAAAAGCUUGGCAUCUUGGAGGCAAACGGCAGCGAGACGUACCUCAAGAGACGGGUCUCGGAGAGCGACAAAGAGGCCGUAGCCGACCGACCGGACCGCAACGCCAAAGCACCGUUCCCGAUACCUCUCGGCAGCCAAUCUACGGGGCCACCAAUGCGCGCCGAGAGGGCCGAGACGUCGUCGUCCUCGAGGAUUUCACCGGCCGACCCGGUCCGCGCCUCGCCCGCCCAGUCAAACCCCGCCGGCGGACCCAAGCGGAUGAAGGAGCUCUUUGAGCGCCGCGUCCACGAGAUGCUGACCGACCCGCUCGGCUUCGACGACUGCGUCCGCGACAGCGCCCGCCCGACGCCGCGCCGUGUUGUGAGGGAAUUUGCGCGGUACCGCGGCAGCCAGACGCAGCCGCCGCCCCCGCUCGUCAUGAGCGGCGCGCUGAGGCCCAUGGCCGAGGUUGCAAAGGCGAAGAUGGCAUACGGCAGCGGCAGCGGCAGCGGCGGCGGCGGCAGCAAGAGCAAGUCCGGCCUGGUUACUAAUGGGAGUGGUGGGAGCCUGUUGGCGAGGGAGGCUCAGAAGCGGGCGCAUCGGCAGAAGCUGGAGGGCCGGGUUCAGGAUUUUAAGGGAAAAGGGAGGGCUAUGUCGCCGGAGAGGGACGGGAAGCUUGAUGGGGGGUUAGUGAACGGCGGCAAGCAGGCGGAAAGGGGAAAGGGGAAGAGGGGUCGUACCAAGGAGAGAACUUGGUUGACUAACGCUCGGCAGAAGGCUGGUGGUGGUGUACAGCAGGGUGGCCAACAUAGUAUAGCCAAGAAAUACACCAAGUCAUCUUAGUGUCUGAGGUCUCUGGCCUGGAUGACAAACCCCACUUGUUAC